CCGCGCGCGGACCCGGCCUCCACACCAACACGUCGACGGCGCACCUUGCUUUCCUGCCUCCAUUGUUGCCUCCACCUACUCUCCUCCUCAGCUUUAAGCUGGUCGCCUGCCUCCCUCCACACUUUGCUACCCAGUACCCACUCGGCUUUCCUUCGCGCUGCUCGUGUCUCGCUCUCGCCGAGGACUCUGUCUCGUGCGGCAGAGGCGUCCUCGCGCUUGGCAGGUGUCUUUCUGCCGUGCCGCUACUGCAUCGUGGUUUGGGUGCUCCGCCCGCCGUCUUCAUCUGCACCGUGCAGCACCCGCUUUUGCUGACGAAACAGCUGGUUGCCUUCUUCCUCUUGCUGCACGUCUGCUCUUGGCUGGUUCGACAACUGUCUAGGAGCCGGCCGUUCUGCUCGUUGUAGAUCGUUUCACUUGCUGCCCGUGUUGCACGGCUAAGGUUCCCGGCUCGGCUUGCACAGAGGGGACAACGCGAGCUAGCGAGCAUGGAGAUCGCCACAGGGGCCAUGAGCACCCUCCUGCCCAAGCUGGCCGACCUGAUCAAGGACGAGUACAAGCUGCAGAAGAGCGUCAGGGGCGAGAUCAUGUUCCUCAAGGCCGAGCUCGAGAGCAUGGAGGCUGCCCUUCUCAAGGUAUCCGAGGCACCCAUCGACCAGCCACCCGACAUCCAAGUGAAGCUUUGGGCGAGGGAGGUCAGGGAACUGUCCUACGACGUCGAGGACAGGAUCGACGCUUUCAUGGUCCGUAUCGAGUCACGUGUGCCAGGGAAGACACAGAGCUUCAUGGGUUUCAUUGAUAGAUGCCUCAACCUGCUGACGACGGCCAAGAUCCGCCACAACAUCGGCGCUGAUAUCAGACGCAUCAAGGCCCGUAUCUCGGAGGUGAGUGAGAGGCGUCACAGGUACAAAUUGGAUGUUCCUGCCAAGCCUACUGGCCCAACUGUUGAUAGCCUUCGCCUGUCGGCUCUGUACAAGAAGGCUACCGAGCUCGUUGGCAUCGAAGAGAAGAGUAAUGGUAUAAUAAAAAGGCUAAUGGAAGGGGAUGAGGCAUCAAAGAAACAAUUAAAAAUAGUCUCACUUGUUGGUUCCGGGGGAUUAGGCAAAACCACUCUUGCUAAUGUGGUGUAUGAGAAGCUUAAAGAACAAUUUGAUUGCGGGGCCCUUGUUUCUGUGUCUCUUAAUCCUAACAUGGUCAACAUUUUCAACAAUAUGCUCCAUCAACUCGACGGCGACAAGUACAGAAAAAUCAAUGAAGCUACAUGGGGUGAAGCACAACUAAUCAACGAACUGAGAAAUUUCCUUCGGUACAAGAGGUACUUCAUUGUUAUUGAUGACAUAUGGAAUACUUCAGAGUGGGAAACAAUCCAGUAUGCUUUGACUGACAAUGAAUGUGGAAGUAGAAUAAUCGCAACAACUCGCAGUUUUGAUGUUGCCAAUCAAGUUGGUGGUAUUUAUCGAGUAGAACCUCUUUCUGAUAUUGACUCAAGAAAGUUAUUCUACCAAAGAAUAUUUGGCACUGAAGACAAAUGUCAUCAUCACUUGGCUGAAGUAUCUGAAAAGAUUUUAAAAAAAUGCGGUGGUGUACCAUUAGCUAUCAUUACUAUAGCUAGUCUAUUAGCCAAUAAAAAUGGAAAGGAAAAUGCAUAUAACUAUUGGUCCAAGGUGUAUCAAUCUAUGGGUUCUGGUCUUGAAGACAGUCCUAAUGUGAAGAACAUGAGAAGGAUAUUAGCAGUUAGUUACUACGACCUACAUCCACAUCUGAAGAGUUGCUUGUUAUAUCUAAGUUUGUUUCCAGAGGACCAUGAGAUUGAGACAAAACAUUUGAUAAGGAAAUGGAUUGGCGAAGGCUUUGUCAGCAAAGAACAAGGGAAGAGCUUGUAUGAAGUAGGUGAGGGUUAUGUCGAUGAGUUAAUUAACAGAAGUAUGAUACAACCAGAAACUAUUGGUCAUGAUAGUAAGACAGUUUCUUUUCGUGUACAUGAUGUGGUGCUUGAUCUCAUCAAUUUCUUGUCAAAUGAGGAGAAUUUUCUAACAACAAUAGGUGGUCAACAGACCGUGUCUCUGCCAAAUAAGAUCCGCCGAUUAUCCCUCCAAUCCAGCAAGGAAGAGGAUCUCAGGCAGCUGACAACCAUGAGCUUGUCCCAUGUGAGGUCACUUGGUGUGUUCAAGGAAUCUUUCAAUUUGGUGCCUGCCCUUUCAACCUUUACAGUCUUGCGUGUUUUGGAUUUAAGUGGUUGUGAGCAAGUGAAGAAUCAUCAUUUCAAGGACUUUUGCAAUUUAUUCCACCUGAGAUAUUUGAGUCUCCGUCAAACAUCUAUCACUGAGGUCCCCAAAGAGAUACAGAAUCUACAGUUUUUGCAAGUACUAGACAUAAGUGGGACUUCCUCAGAAAAGAUGCCUUCAACCUUUAUUCACUUGACACAGCUGCUGCACCUUCGUGUUGCGUACAUAAGACUGCCAGAUGGAUUUGGAAAUCUAAAGUCUCUACAAGAAGUUGAAGGGUUCAUCACUGUGGAGUCUCCAAGCAUGCUGCAUGAUCUGGGCAGAUUGACCGAGCUGAGGGCCUUGGGCAUCAAAUUUUGUGAAUGGAAUGAGAGCUAUGAAAAACCUUUCAUAGAAUGUCUAUCUAACAUGGUCAGUCUCAAAUCCCUAAGAACAGAAGGCCACAUAGGCAGCCUGGAUUCCGGAUGUGACAAUUUAUCUCCUGGGCCUCAACAACUCUGUUCCGUUUAUAUAUACCGUACAGGUAUUCCUGCAGUACCAAGAUGGAUGUCUUCACUCUGCUCCCUCUCGUUCCUAGCAAUCAGAUUAUUAACUCUGGGAGAGCAGGACCUUCAAGUCCUUGGGAGCAUACCAUCUCUUACUGAUCUCCAAAUAACGGUGAUGAAACCCACACAGGAGAGAGAUGAAAGGUUGGUCAUUGGCAACAAUUAUCUAUUCCAGUGUCUAACACGGUUAAGAAUCUGGUGUCUUGUCUCCAUGGAGGUGAUGUUUGCACCAGGAGCUAUGCAAAAUCUCAAAAACCUUCUUUUAAGAUUUGGGGUGCAACUGACAAUGCAUCAGUUUGGUGAUGUGAACUUGGGUCUGGAACACCUCUUGUCGCUUGAGCGUGUCUCUGUUAAUAUGAAUCAGGACCGUGCUACGCCCAAGGAGUUCGAGGCUGCCGAGGAUGCAAUUCGGGAAGCCGUGGACAUGAAUCCCAACAAGCCCACGCUGAAAUUAAACAUCAACAGGAAUCUGUCCGCCGUGCUUAGUAAAGCAUCAACACGAUUUAGAAUGGUACCCGAUUUCGCCCGCCCCUGCAAGGAUUAGAUCUCCUCACUAAUCUACUGUGUUGAUUACUCUUCAUAAAAUGCCGGUGGAAGGCGGCGGUGGGUGAGAGCGAGAGAGCUAGCGAGUGAGAGUGAGUUGGUCGAGUGUGAGAGGAGCAACAUUUAAAGUUACUAGGAGCAACAUUUAAAGUUACUAGG